AGUCCCAACCUCGGUUACCUCGGCCCUUCUGGUGGCUCUACCGCCGGCCAUGUGUGACUCGUGGCCCAUUUUACAGAAUCUGGUGGGAAGAGGCAGAGCCCAGGCCCAGCCAGCAGUCCUGCCAACCCCUUCCUCCACGGCCAUGCCCCGGUCUCCGUUCCUGCCAUUGCUGCCCCUUCUGCUGCUGCUUUUACCUGAGGCCCCCAAAGCAGCCAGAGUGUCUCCGCUGCAAGCGUCCUCCCAGGUUGCGGCCGCCUGCAAGGCCCACGACCUGUGCCUGCUCGGGCCGCGCCCGUUGCCCCCUGCUCCGCCGGUCAAUGUCAGCCUCUAUUAUGAAUCCCUUUGCGGAGGCUGUCGAUACUUCUUGGUCCGAGAUCUGUUCCCAACCUGGUUGAUGGCUAUGGAAAUUAUGAACAUCACGCUGGUGCCCUACGGGAACGCGCAGGAAAGAAAUGUCAGCGGCACGUGGGAGUUCACGUGUCAGCACGGGGAGCUGGAGUGCAGGCUGAACAAGGUUGAGGCCUGCCUGCUGGACAAACUGGGAAAGGAGGCAGCGUUGCUGACCAUCGUCUGUGUGGAAGAGAUGGAGGACAUGGAGAAGAAAUUAGAGCCGUGCCUGCAGGUGUAUGCUCCGGAGGUGUCCGCAGACAGCAUCAUGGAGUGUGCCACGGGGGAGCGCGGCACGCAGCUCAUGCACGCCAACGCCCAGCUCACCGAGGCCCUGCAGCCGCCCCAUGAGUAUGUGCCCUGGGUCCUAGUCAAUGAGAAACCUCUGAAGGACCCCAGCCAGCUCCUGAGCUCGGUCUGUCAGUUAUACCAGGGAUUGGAGAAACCAGACAUCUGCUCCUCCGUGGCAGACCCCCCCAGGGAGGUUUGCUACAAGUGAAGGUCAUUGUCACAAGAAAAACAAGAGCCAGGUGCUCAGCCUUUUCAAAUCCGGAGCCCUCAAGAGAUACCGUCCAUCAACAAGCAAACUUGUACACAUGGCACAAAUCCCACAAAACAGACUCAGAACUCUUCCACAUGUUCAAGAGCCUUGCCUUGCUCUCAAACGGUGCUAAAUUUAAAUUGAUUGAAUAAAUAGAUUGCUGUGA